AUGCGGCUCCGAUCUGCGUCCUGCCAGAUCUCGAUCCUCGGAGUCAUCUUCCUCUUCAUAUUCACAGCUUACAGCACCAUUCAGGGAUUCGCCUCGCAGCUGUAUGGCGAGGCGCUCGCGUCCGAGAUGGAGUCGACGCUCUACGCAACCUUCACGCUCGCCUGCUUCGUCGCACCCGCAGUCACAAACACGCUCGGUCCGCGGCUCACCCUCUUCCUCGGCGCGCUCGGCUACGCGGCGCUCGUCGCCGCCUCGCUCCUCCUCGCGAUCGUCGGCGCGCCGUGGUGCCGCGGAGUGGUCGUUCUGGGCGGCGGCGUGCUGGGCGUUGGCGCGGCGCUGCUGUGGACAGCGCAGGGACGGCUGAUGCUCGAGUACUCGGACGGGACGGACCAGGGGCGCCUCUUUGCCAUCUUCUGGGCCCUGUUCAACUGCUCGAGUGUGGUUGGCGGCCUGCUCACGUUCUUCUACUUUUCCCACCACUCGGAGGAGGCGAGCGUUGCGGUCCCGUCGCUCGCCUUCUUCCUGUGGGGCCUCUCCGACUCGCAGGCGCAUCGGCAUCCUCACCACCACCUUCUCAUUUUAAUUUUCAUCAUUCGCCUCCCCGACUCUUCGCAGGUCCAGGCGUACGCGUACUGGCUCCUGCGGCAGCUGCACUCGGGCGGCGGCGGCUCGCGCGCGCUGCGCGGCUGCGGCGACGAGCUCGCGCGCGCCGUGGGUUUCUACAAGAUGGUGCAGUCUCUCGGCUGGUCGGUGGGCUUCCUGCUCGUGCCGAGCUGGCGUCUGCCCCCCCUCGUGCAGAACCUCGCCACCGCGGCGUGCGGCGCUCUCGGGCUCGCGCUCGCACUGAGAGAAUUGCCGCCCGCCCGCAUCGAUUCGCGCAGCUCCUCGCCGCUGCUGCGGGUGGUGCGAAUCGAGGGGGAGCGAGUGGACGAGUCAGCGGUCGAGUCUGCCGGCGGGUGGUGGGUGGGGCCCGCGAGGAUUUUUAAUUUCAUCUAA